UCUAUAUUUAGAAAGGGCGUACUUUUUGGCCAUCGAGAUCUCGUUUCAGUUUCUGCAGCCCUAUCGAUCCGACGAUCUCAAGAUCGGCGUGGCGUGGCGUAGCGUAGCGUAGCGGUCGGGAAGAUGGCGGCGGCCGGGCGGCAUCUGGGAAUGACAGCGGUGGCCGUGCUCGCGGUGGCGGCCUCUCUCUUCGGCCUAUCGGACGCCUCCGCCGCCAAGAAGGUGGCUUUCGUCAAGAAGACCGUGUCCUCCCACGAUAUCGUCAUCUUCUCCAAGUCCUACUGUCCGUACUGCAGAAAAGCUAAAGCUGUUUUCAAGGAACUAAAGAAGGAACCUUAUGUUGUGGAGUUGGAUCAGAGAGAGGACGGAUAUGAAAUUCAAGAUGCCUUGUCUGAGAUGGUUGGGAGGCGUACAGUGCCUCAAGUGUUUAUCCAGGGAAAGCACUUGGGUGGCUCAGAUGAUACUGUUGAAGCAUAUGAAAGCGGAAAGCUUCUGACACUAAUUGGUAUUGACUCAAAAGAUGAUCUUUAAACGAUAUUGUGUAUCUCAUUCAUCAAUCAAUCAGGAGAUGGAUGGCUGAAUCAUUCAGAAGGUGUGGCUGGAUAUUAUUAUGUCGUCUCCGUGGUUUCUAUAAACAUUAUUUAGUUUCAACUAUGUUUUUUUUGCUAUUAGAAUCUUGAUGUUAAAUGAAUAAUCUUCUUAGUCAUAUCUUUGCAGAUGCAAACUAUGAAUCACUUGCAUGUUUACGUGGCCAUAUCACAGUGAACCAUAGAACUUUGGGAUAUAUACACUGCUGGUUUUUUAUA